AUGGCCGCCGCCGUCAGCUCUCUAGAUCCAGUACUGCCGUCGAGGUUUUUCAAUGUGGGCGAAAAUUGGAUAACCAUCAUGACUCCUUCCGACGAGGCCAUAGAAAGCGUUGUGUCGCAGCCGAUCAGCCCGUUCCAUAUUCCUCAGAGGAUUCUUGCGACUGUACCAAGCAAUACUCAGCAAUUGUCAGGCGACCUCCUCGAAAUCAUUGCCCACCUCACCGGCUUUCCAGCAGAGCUUUGUCUGGCCGUCCUCUCCCACUUGUCCUACCGCGAUUUCGUGCUGUUAGCUUUGACCAGCAAGUCGAUGGCGAUCAUGAUCAUGAAUGACCCUGUCUUCAUCAAGACUGCCGCCACUGAGGAGGCCGAACACAACGCUUCAGGGCAUUUGCAGAUCGUAGUGCGAGCGUUCCCCCAUCUCUCUCAACACCGCUCAAAGCUUUGGUGCAGCCACUACACUUGCCCGUUCCAUAUGCGGAGAUUGAGAAAUUGGAACCGAAGGGUUGAGAGGGAGAUGAAACUACUCCAGGAAAACAGGGCAAAGGAACAGGAGGCAACAAGCAAGCACACCUCGGCGGACCCUGCGGCGAUUCCACAAUAG